UCUUGUUAAAUUGGCUUCUUUCGACGGAGCGCCCAAUGCCGAUGAAUACAUGACGGACCCUCGCUCGCUUCGCACAUCCGCUCCGGCUGGCCGCUGUAAUGGAGAGGAAGAGGAAGCUGCCGGCGCGCGCCGCGGCGCGGGCUGAGCAGGCCGCGAAAAGAAGGACUAUGACUCCCCCUCAGAGAUCAGUUACCCCGGCGCCCGCACCCGAACCCGAGUCGGCUCCAGUCGCAGAUAUCCCCCCACCACUUCCGAAAUCCAUCACCGCUGGCAAACCUCUGCCCACAGUCGACUCUUCCCAAGCUGACGAUCUGCCGAGUGCCGACUUCCAAACCGUUACAGAGAGUGGUGUACUCGCCGAAUCUCUGUCUCGGUCGCGCCAAAAAUGGACAACGGAAGGGAUCUUUGAAAAGUACUGGUCUAAGCCGACUAAGAAAAAGGGCGUUGUGAUCGAAGAACCGAAUAAUCCACCCAAGGAAAGCAUGACCAAGAUCGGCCAGAUCACCAUUACCGUCGAGCCACACGUUUUCGAAGCGACCAUGUUCGCCGUCAAAGACCCGAAGCCGCCUCCGCCUCCCCCUCCGACGGCCGAACGACCGAUUGUACAAUAUGGGCCACCGAACGGAACGAUGCCACCGCCGCCCACGCCUACACCAAAGGCGACAACACCCACCAACGCGUCGGGUCCCGUCCCAAGCGCGACGCAACCCCAAGCUCAGGUGCCCGUUCCAGUAGAAACGAAAGCACCGGCUCCGAUACAAACUCAUACCCCUACCCAAACCCCAACUCUACCUUUGGCACGACCCAACGUGAAUCAAGCCACGCCGGAUGAGUUACGGUCCGCGGCACCUAUUCCUCCCAUGCCGGCGAGGCCAAUUGCUUCGCCGCGCGGGAUGGAAGCGGUCCUCUCGCCCAGUACUGCGACACCAUUGAUUCCACAAACCUCCCCAGCGACCCAACCCCAGCCGCCGCGGCCGACUCCCCCGCCAAGUUAUCCGCUCCCGCCAGGGGCCGCAACAGCCACAGCGGCGGGUCCUCCAAGACCUACAAAUGCGGUCGCCAGCAAUUCAGUCCCGAAUGGGCCUUCUGCCACGCCUGCCGGCGCAAACGGGAAACCCGCACCAGGCACCGACCCGAUCAUCCUCAUGCUAGCAGAGAAAGCCGGGUCGGAUCCUCAACUCCGCGACCUCAUGAAGCGCGUUGCGCAGGGAGAGGCGGCGAAACACGAACUCGAGCGGUUCCAAGCCAUCAUUGAUGCCAUCACCGCCGAGAGCAAGCGAAAUGGAGGUACCUCAGGGCCGUCGGCAGACAGGCUUCUGGUCGAUGGGAGGACUGUGCGUUAUUUCGCAGACGAGGUGCGGGCGAUUCUAGAUAUUGUCCUGUCGUCGAAUCCCAAACAAACUUCCGCCGACCUCCGGCCACCCGUCGGGAGCGAUGCGCUCGUUGUUAUGCUCGUCAAGACUGCCCUCGACGAUUCCAAGACCCGCGACAUAGUGCGGCGCAUCGCCGAGAACAAAACGCAAUUUGCGGACGCCACCGAUCUCAAGGUCACCCUCGACGGCUUACGCACGAAGCUCAUCAAAGAUAAGGAACGACAACAGACACAAUCACCAGUCCCGGCCUCACCAGCACCGACGAAACUUAACGGUGCGGCUAACGGCUACUCAACACUGUCUACCGCCAUCGCGCAGUCACCCACUCCUCAGACAGCACUCCGCUCCAAGGGGCCGCCGCCGCCACCACCAAAGCCCGACAUCUCCGCCCUCGUAUUCGAGUUCACUGGCGGGACAGGCGACCGUUAUCUCUUCCCGAAAUUCAGCCUCCUCGAAUACGUCCCGGUUCCCUCUGGACAGCAGGUAAUAGCCUCCUUUCUUCUCGUGCGAAAGGGCAGCAAAGCCGAGUAUCCCAUGGCGGACCCUCUGUUGGACUACUACCAACCCCUCACGAUCCGACUCUUCACCCCCGCCGGUCGCCACCUCGAACAUCUCGCCCGGGUAGUCGCUCCGCCGGACGAGGUACGGCGAUACAUGGACGACGUUAUGACCAAGAUGACGCGGGCGGAGUAUAUCCUCCUCGCCAUGAGGUUGCCUCGGCGGGACGGGUCAGAGGAGGACAAGGAGAACGAGCGGGAAGGCAAGCAACUAAAUGGCGGCCCAUUCAGGGACAAGGACAAGGAGAACGGCCUGGAAAUAGUACAGAAACCUGCGCAGCCAUCACCUGGUGUGUUGUGGACUGCCAAACCAUCCAAACCGGACAUAAAGGGCCUUCCAGGCAAAGGCAAAGGAUUUGCGAGGGUCAUGGAUGCUGACGACCCAUAUCAAAGUUUCGUUGCGUCGGUCAGCCGGAAGGAGGUUUAAGCAGCCUUGGACGUGGGUCAAGCGUAUGUUUGGUUGCGGGUUGUUUCGAGCAGGCGACAUACAGUAGCGUAUGAAACCGCGAGCCUCG